CAGUCAUACGCGCGCGAUUCGCCCUGCGGUUUCAUUUCCAUCUGACCGGCUGACUGGCAGGUUGUAUCAUCACGGAGCGCACCUGUUACUCGCCCCAGAAAUUACGCGGACAAUGUCGUGGACCUCGGUGCUGCUGCUGCUGCUGCUUCUGUCGCCCAUCACCGGUGGAUACACUCCGACUUCGGACGAUUUGAAAGAUGUCAUCAUGGGAUGCAGUUAUAUGGGUGUUUUCCACGUGGAGAGGGGGCAAUACCAGCUUACAUAUGAUCAGGCGGAUGGGCUCUGCCAGGCGUUGGGCGUUGUCUUGGCAAAUGAGGAGCAGCUGAAAGUAGCCCACCAGAACAACUUCCAGACCUGCAGAUAUGGUUGGAUUGAUAACGAAACAGUUCUGAUAACCCAGUUAGACUCUAAAAAGGUGUGUUUACCUGGCAAAAUUGGAUCUUUCAUUAUCACAAACAAAACAGAAAAAUACGACGCCUUCUGUUUCAACGCUACAGAAACAAAGCCAAUUAACUGUGCAACACGUACCCUAGUCCCAACUUCACCUGAGCCGUGGACUGUUGCUACAGACGGUGGACAGACCUCAGGCUUUACAGAGAAAUUUACCACUGAUGACACUACUCUGUAUGCAGUUACCACUGAAGAAAUAGUAGAGGAGACUUCUCCCACAACUAGCCCAUUGGUAACUACUACCACAUCAAGGACACCUCCUGUUUUUGAACUCACUAGUUCUCCAAUUGUUGAGUUGAAGUUGAAUGAGAAGGGCGCUGGUUCACCAUCUUCAAAAAAUUCAACUCUCUACUACGUAGACUGGCUGAUCAUUUCUGCUGUCAUCGUGGCCGUGCUAAUAUUCAGCUUUGUCUGCAUUGCUAUUGUGCAGAAGCAAAGGCACAAUAGGAAGAGGCAGAAGCUGGUGAUCUCAGGCCAACCCACUGAGGGCAAUCAAGAGGGGACAGCCCAGAAAGAAAGGGAUCAGGAAAUGGUCCUUCUGAUGAACCAACAGAAAAUAAUGGAGAAUGGAGGCACAAAUGAAGACUCCACAGUCAUAAUACUUGAUGAGCAAGUAGAUCAGGUGUAGUUGUGUGGACUCGCGCAUCGGGAGGAGACGUGUGACCAUGCUACUGAAACAACUUGUGGGAGGGGUUUGUGUUUGUAAGGGGGGGGGGGGUGGGCUAUAGAGUUAAAGUCAAGAUAUUUAUAGAGGCGCCCCGCCGACCUUCUUUUACACGGCUUGUAGAAGGCAGGACCCAGGACUGUUAACCAAAAUGUCUGAAAAACCUUUCACGACAUUCCUGACAUCGCUAUCGCUCUUGCGUUUUUUAUCAGGCAUGACUUCGCUUAUCAAGUCCAGAGAAAGCGGAAAUUUCACCAAGGGUGCCAUCUGAAAGACGCCCGCCUACCCAAGAGAGACAUCCUCCCACCCAUGCAGCCACACUUUUUCUGCGCCUGCUCUUUCCAUUACAGACUAAUCUAUAGAUCCACAACGUCUGUCCAUCGACUGCUCUCACGUCAUUGUCAAAAUCUCAGUGCUGGUUUCACCUUUUUGGGGUGGAAAAGUCACAGAGUUGAUCCAUAGUGUCGGAAAAUGAUAUUUUAAGUCAAAUUUCCUCAAUACGUUUUAUUAAAUAAGCCAUGGGUACCCCCAGUGUUACAAAGAUGUGCCUUAUAAAGAUGAAUGGUCAUUAGUGAUGGUCCUCACAAAAUUCAUUUCGGUUUAUCUUUUCAAGACUCCCGCUGAUAGUACCCGCUGUGGCAUCGUUAGUCAGUCAGGGUGAAUUUUGCAGUGAGUGUUGAUUUGUUCGUUUUUUUGUGUUACGUUUUCUGCCUUUGGAUUUGCACCAGAAGUCGUUUAUUCAAUACGUAUUGUACUCGUCCAUCCACCUGCCAGCGGCGCGCCGUCCAGAAGGGGGCGCUUGUGUGCCGGAAAAUACCCUUCACUCAAUCUACACUUCACUUUUAUUUGUGUUAUUUUUGGGCUGCUUUUAUUUAGCUGUUAUGAUUUGGGUAGUUAGUAUAAUAUGGUGUUAUUUUGUUUUUAUAAAGCAGCCGUCAGCUUUAUUCUCAAACUGUCUUGAUACUAUUUGAAAAUAUGAUAAAAAAAAAAAUGGUGGGUUGGACCACCUUGCAUAUUUUAUUUUCCUACUUACAAUUUUACACGGAUUUCGGAUCUGCAUACUCUUAAGUAAGUUGUGCCCGAAUGGUGGCGAUGGGGUUUGUUUCUUUUAUUUGAUGUGUGUUUACUGUUUUUAAAUAAAGUUCCUUUUCGUUUUUUUUUUGGAUAUGGAAUCGCCAGCUUCUUUCAGUAAUCAGCCUCUGUGCCUUCUUUGGGAAUUGUGAACCAGGAGGUCUAUUUGUCAUUAUAAAAUUGGGAAUGAGGUUAAGA